UCGAAGAGAGAGAGAGAGAGAGAGAGAGAGAGAGAGAGAGAGAGAGAGAUGUGUGGGAGAGGACGUUGUACUCUGAGAGCGGAUGAUAUCCCAAGGGCUUGUCACCGCAGCGUUCCCCCUACUACUGUUCUUCAUAUGGACCGGUAUAGGCCAUCGUAUAAUGUAUCGCCAGGAUUCAACGUGCCAGUAGUUCGUAGAGAAGAUGCAUCUGACAGUGAAGGCUAUGUUCUUCAUUGCAUGAAAUGGGGUUUAAUUCCCAGUUUUACUAAGAAAACAGAGAAACCUGAUCACUACAAGAUGUUUAAUGCUCGAUCUGAAUCCAUAGAUGAAAAGGCUUCAUUUCGUCGUCUGGUUCCAAAAUGCAGGUGCCUUGUAGCAGUGGAAGGAUUUUAUGAAUGGAAAAAAGAUGGUUCAAGGAAACAGCCUUACUAUAUUCACUUCAAAGAUGGACGACCACUUGUCUUUGCUGCACUUUAUGACUCAUGGAAAAAUUCUGAAGGUGAAAUACUAUACUCGUUUACUAUUGUUACGACCUCUUCCUCUUCAGCACUUCAUUGGCUUCAUGACAGGAUGCCUGUUAUUUUGGGUGACAAGGAUUCAACUGAUACCUGGCUAAGCAGUUCUGCUUCCAGUUUUAAAAGUGUGCUGAAGCCAUAUGAAGAAUCUGAUUUGGUGUGGUACCCAGUGACACCUGCUAUGGGCAAGCCAUCAUUUGAUGGACCUGAGUGCAUAAAGGAGAUUCAAGUAAAGGCAGAAGGGAACACUUCAAUCUCUAUGUUCUUCUCAAAAAAGGUAGCUGAAAAUGAAGACACAAAGCCAGAGAAGAAAAUAUCAUGUCAUGAAUUUGUCAAGACUGAACUUACAGAAGACCUGAGUAAAGAAGCUGCUAAAACUGAGGGAGAGAAUGACAUAAAAUCCAGUGGUUUUUCCAAUUCUCAAAAUGCUACUAAGGUCCCAAUCAAGCGUGAUUAUGAGGCUUUUUCAGCUGAUUCAAAGCCAGCUUUGGCUAAUAUUGAUCAGGUGAGGGCAAACCCUGUAAAGAAAAAGGAAAAAGCGAAGACUGCUGAUGAUAAACAACCAACCUUAUUUUCCUACUUUGGAAAAAGGUAACCAGUUUUUGUUUUCAUGAAGAUUGCCAUGUUCUGUAUUGAUAUAAAUUACGUGGAGGCAUUUUUUGUUUUGCUUUUGUAUGUCCAUAGGUCAAGUUUUAAUUUUAUAACACAUCCUAACAAUUGCAAUAUAUAGUCGUGUACGAACUCUAACCUGUGGUUCAUAUUCAAG